AUGGUAGAUCUGUCAGAUGCAAAACUUCCGACAACACUUCUUCGAACAAUCAACUGUAAACAGAAUGCCGUCAGAGCUGUUAGAUUUAAUGUGGAUGGAAACUAUUGCUUAUCUUGUGGUGCAGACAAGUCAGUGAAGUUAUGGAAUCCGUAUAAGGGGACGCUUCUGAGGACGUAUACAGGAACAGGAUGGGAGGCUCGUUUUGUUCUAGAUGCACAGGGUUCCAGUGAUAAUUCUAUGAUACUUGUUGGUGGCAUGGACAAACAGUUGACGGUAUUCGAUGUUGAAACCGGAAAAAUAACACGACGCUGGAGAGGACACAAUGGUCAGGUUAAUAGUGUGGCAUUCAAUGAAGAAUCGACGGUAGCAGUAUCUGCUUGUCAAGAUGGCGUCGUGCGAUGCUUUGAUAUUCGUGAUAAAAAUGCGCCUAUACAACAGAUGGAUGAGGCCACGGAUGCGGUGUUAACAGUAGAUGUCAAUUCGCAUGAGAUUGCUUCAGGUUCAGCUGACGGGAGUAUUCGGGUCUAUAACAUUCGAGAUGGAAAGCUAACUGAUGAUUUUCUCGGCGAUAGUGUUACAUCGUUGCAUUUCUCAGCGGAUGGUCAGUGUUUACUUGCGUCCACUAAAGAUGGCUUCAUUCGGCUGAUCGAUAAAAUGAAUGGACAGCUACUAGCGGACUACACAGGCCAUAUAAAUACUGAAUAUCGUGUGGAAAGCUGUUUGCUUUCUACUGAUGCACACGUUGUAAGCGGUUCGGAGGAUGCUCAUUUGUAUAUCUGGAAUUUGAUUGAGAUGAAGAUAUUGCACAAGUUACCGCAUCCGAAUUCCGUAGUGCAUUCGAUUAGCUCACAUCCAAAGAAGCCAGUUCUGUUGUCUUCAUCAGCAACAAAUAUAUUUUUAUGGGGCUUGCAAAAAGAAGAAGAUGUAUCUGAUUGA